AUGGAUUAAGAGCAGGAUCCAUAAUCUCAAAAUUCUCAUAUUAAAUAAUCCUAAGACACCAAUAAGUUUGAAUCAAACUAAUACGAAUUCAAUGAAUCAAUUGAGGAUGAGAAAUCUGCUCUUAAGUAGCUUUUAUAAUAACAUUCGAAUAAAAUCUAGGAGUAUUUUUAAAAAAUAAAAGAUGAUGUGUAAAAAAAUACAAUUAAAAAAUUUGUGGAAAAAUAAUUAAAAGUAUUUUCCCAGGAUGUAGAAAAAAUACUUGAGCAAUUAUUAGAGAGAUUAAUAUCUGAAAAAGAGCUAUAUAUUACACAAAUAUCAUAUGAAAAAACCUAAAAAGAAUAGGAAUUAUUGGAGUUAACAUAAAAAUAUAAUGAAGCGAAUAAUACAUUAUUGUUAGGAUCCUAUAAUGAUAAUAAUAUUUGCUCGAAGAUAGUGCAAAUAAAUAAAUUAUUGGAAAAGACUUGCUAGACAACUAUCUAAGCUAGUUAAUAAUUAGAUAAUUAAAGUCUAGAUUAAAUGCAAUAAUAAAUUCAGAUCAUAAGAUAAAGCAUCACAGGAAAUACACAAAUACAGAUAAGUAACUUGCAAGCUUAAUUGGAUGAAAAAGAUAGAUAAAUAUAACAAUUACAAAAGUAAAACUAGGAUUUACAAAAUAAACUAAAUAAUAAUAACUCAUCAAACAUUUUGAUGAAAAAGAUUGAAGAAUUCAUAUAACAAUACUAAAACUAAUGUAAUUAAGCAGAUUUAAUCAAUUAGAAGACUAAUUAAAUCGUAGAAAUUAAUAAAGAGUUGAAUAGACUCAAUACUUUGAUUAGUAAUGAUAAUGAAAAAUUGAAAAGUCAAUUUGAAGAAGAAAAGAACAAAGCAAUUUAGAAAUAACUUGAAGGCUGUUUUAAAUUAUAGGAUCGAUCUCUGCUAUACAUAUAAUUGGGUCUAAAAAUAUUUUAAUAAUAUUAUCGUUCUCACAUCUAAUAAGACUAAAAUAUUUAAGGCUAAAUAGACAGAUUGAAUAAAUUCCAUUAAAAUUAUUAAAAAAAAGAAAAUUUCAAAUUAAAGAACUUAGGAGAAGUUGAAUAAUUCUACAUUAAAUAAGAAUCUGAGCUUAAGGCAUUAUUCGAUGAUUCUCUCAAAGAAUAUAAGAACUUAAUAAAUGAAAUUACAUAGAGAAGAAUUCGAUUGAAUGUAUGA